UUUUAAAGCGCUUCCUCCUUAUUUUUAUUUUAUUUUUUUCAAAAGUACAUUUGUGCUCAGCUCGACAGGAAUCCACGAUGUUUUCGCUGGAAUUCUUUUCAUCAACCACCUGGACUCUGCUGGUUCUCUUUUUCAGCCUGGUCUUACUGUAUGGCAUUUGGCCGUACAGAACAUUCACAAAGCUGGGAAUUCCUGGACCGAGACCUAUACCUUUUUUAGGAACACUGCCAUACAUUGCCAAGGGAAUUCUUGAUCUUGACCAUGAGUGCCAAACCAAGUAUGGAGAUUUCUGGGGGAUGUAUGAAGGACGUGCACCACUGUUAAUGAUUGCAGAUCCUGAGAUAAUUAAAGCUGUUCUGGUGAAGGAGUGCUACUCUGUGUUCACCAACCGCAGGGACAGUGACGUGCUGGCAGGUCAAAUGGUGGAUGCAGUUACAACGGUUAAAGAUGAAAAGUGGAAGAGAAUUCGGAGCACUCUAAAGCUCUGCUUCACCAGUGAAAGGCUAAAGCAGGUGUUUCCCAUGGUUGUGCGCUACACAGAUCGACUCAUCGGAAGCCUAGCCAAAGUGAACCUGGACGACCCUGUCGAUGUUAAAAAAUUUGUGGCUCCUUACAGUUUGGAUGUUAUCACCAGCGCGUCCUUCGGUGUCGAGGCCGAUUCCAUAAACAAACCAGACGACCCCCUUUUAGUGUACCUCAAAAAGAUGAUGAAAUUGAACCUUUGGCCCACGUUUUUAUUAAUGAUUUUUCCCUUCUGUGCCCGUCUCAUGAAGUACUUUUGUGUCACCACGGCGCCCAAAAACAGCAUGGAUUAUUGCUACAACAUCACUAAGAAAAUCAAAGACCAGCAUCAGGCGGGAGAAUCUGCCCGAGUGGACUUCCUGCAGGUGAUGACUGAGAAUGAGAUACCUGAGACAGAAAUCAUGAAUGAACAAGACCAGCCAAGUAAAGGGUUGACUGAUCAUGAAAUUCUUACUCAGGGCUUCAUUUUCAUCUUUGGUGGCUAUGAAAUCACAAGUGCCAGUCUGACCUACAUCCUUUACCAUCUGGCCACCAACCCCAAUGCUCUGCACACCCUGCAGGAAGAAAUUGAUGCCAGCAUGCCAAGAGAUGCUCCUGUAUCAUAUGAAGAUGUGGUCAGUCUGGAGUACCUGGACCAGGUUAUAUGUGAGUCAUUGCGUUUGACUCCGCCACUUCCACGACUAGAGAGAAUGUGCAAGAAGACUAUCCAGAUCAACGGCCUCACCAUUCCUGAAGGUGUUCUGGUUGGGAUUCCUGUGUCUGUGUUACACAUGGAUCCACGCUUUUGGGAUGCACCUGAGCUUUUCAGACCAGAAAGGUUCAGUAAAGACAACGGUGAGGUGAACCCCUAUGUGUAUAUGCCGUUUGGACUCGGCCCUCGUAAUUGCAUUGGGAUGCGCUACGCCAUCCUUGUCCUGAAGGCUGUCCUUGUCCGGCUCCUGCAGAAUUACAAUUUGGAAACUUGCAAAGAAACUGUGAUUCCGUUGGAGUUUACAUGGACGUACCAGCCCAAAGAGCCUGUCAAACUAAAAUUUGUUCCCAGAAGACAUCAGUGAAGAGAAGUCAGCUUCAAAUACAUCUACACGCUUGUCUUUACAAUGUGGCUGCUGCCAACAAUAUAGUUUAAAUAUUCAAACUCUUUUGUGCAGUUUGAUCAGUUGUUCAUUACCCUUGAUAUUACAGCCAUCACAUCAAAGUAGUUAAUAUAGGCCAAUAACUUCGAAGUCUGUGAUAGAAAAUAAUUUAAGACCACUAUAAUGACCC